AUGGCGACGGCGGAGUACGGAGCAGCGGAGGGUAUCGCUGCUGCACCCGUGGUAGCUGGUACGGUUCGGGAAGCGGUGCUUUCAACGAUGCUGGCGAUGGCUCAACGUUUGCUAAGUGAACAACCUACAACAUCUUUUAUUUCCUAUGCUAACCUUUCCCAGCUUGAUAGAAUAGAGAGAAAAAUAGAUAUUGGUUUAAAAAUGAUGGAAAAAACGGAAGGGCAAGUAUCACUUGUCCUGAAUCAUGUGUACGGCAAUGGUCCAACCAUUUCCCGUGUUAUUAAUAUACCUAAGAUAAAUAGUGAGCAAGAACUAAAAAAAUUGAACGAAGAUCUCCAGGACGGGUGCUAUAUGACCGAAAUAGUUAACGAUCUUACUCAUAUGUUAAAAAACAUAUCUAAAUUUGACAAUAGGCUGUGUACUGUAAUGGAUCUGUUUUUUGAGCGGGAAUUUUUAAAGGAAUGUAGCUGGACGUGGAUCACAAGAAAAAAAGUUUGUUUUUCCCAAUAUUCGCGAGUCUUAAAUUUAUUUAAAUACGCUGGAGGAAAUGAGGUCGCUAGACUAACAGACGAAUAUGUACAAGAUUUAAAAAAAAAACUGUAUAAUAUUAAGCCAAUUGGACAAACAACGUAUAAAAAAUGUCGUGUAUUCCAAACAGAACUCUCUAAAAAAGAAGCAUGA